GCGGUAUACGGUUCCGAUAGAUGGCGCUCUGCCCCUCGACUUGAUAACGCCUAACAGUGACAGUAACACAGUAAACAGUAAACGGUCUCUCGGACUGUAUUAUAUGGGUGAGCCCUCACUGAAUCUCCAAUGAGUAGAAAGGGUUCAGCAGCAAGCGUCAGUGCAAAGUCUGUCAAGGGCAAACACAAUGAAACCGGUAACGAUCCUGUAACGGCUGAAAUCAAGGCAGCAUACAUCGCUGUCCUGAACCAGACAGACAAGGACAUCUCUUCAAAAGAUGAGCUGGAAAAAGUCCUCCAGCAAGCAGGCAGAAAUCCUUCACAGAAGACCAUUGACAGAUACUGGACCAAAAACACAAAGAAACUAUCAUUCAAGGAGGUAUCCGAGAUCAUCAAGGAGUUGAAACCAACCACCGAAGUCGAUUUACUUACAGCUUUCAAAAAGAUAGAUGUCAAUGGCGAUGGAUAUAUUACACAGAAAGAACUCUCUCGCAUUCUCACACAGAGAGGUGAUAGAAUGAGUGAGAAGGAAGUCGAUGAUAUGAUUGCAGAAGCUGAUUCAGAUGGUGAUAAGAAAUUGAAUUAUAAAGAAUUUUGUCAGAUGGUAAUGUCAACAACCAGUCGUUGUCAAGAGAGUAGUUUGAAACGAUUAGAAAGAAAAGAGAGAAAACAGAAGAGAGCACUCAAAUCUGCUGCAUCAAGCAAGAAAAAUUCCAGUCUAGCAUCCGAAAGUAAGAAGAAAGAAGAGAUGGGUAUUGAGAUGAGCCUCCCACCGGUCAGCAAACAGCAACCAUCGAUAAAGGAGCCUCUUAACAUCACCGAUUGGUACCAUACACACACCAAGGGAUCCUUCCAUCUUGACGAUGAACAGAAGAUACUCUCUCAUCAGUACGUGCUGCAGGUGGAUGUCAAGACCAAGCUCUGGUUGACUGUCAAACCUAUCAAUGUAGGAGUGGUGAAAGCUUCUACCAAAGUUCCUAAGACAGACGUUAAUAUAUUCAUUGUGAAACAAAACGAUCACGGGAUUCUUGGUGAUGUUGUCUGCUUUACAAACGUCAAGAACAGAGAGAAAUACUGUGUCCAGUGUGAGUUGCCACCUGGUUCAUACCGUCUUCUUCCCAUGACCACAGGAUGUCAUUUUAAGCCGAGAACAAGAACCGUUCGAGAGAAGACUAAACUCAUCCAACCUAAAGGAGAUGAUGAAUGUGAACUCACCAAAGAAUUCAAGAAUGCAUUGAAUAGUAUUUAUGAGAUGGUUGAUAUAGACAGCAACGGUACGCUGAGUAGGAAUGAAUUCAACAUGUUUCAGUUAAGGACCGGAGGAGAAUCGGUUGAUGAUGAUGCGUGGGAGGUGGUGGAAGAAAACUUUGAACUCAAGAAAGGAGAACUCACAAGAAAAGGGUUCUUGGAUCUGAAUGAGAUGGAAGCAAACGAUGGAUACGCUGAAGGUGGAGAGGUUGAUGACCUCUGGGUAACACUAUCUUCCAUGGGAUUCGCAGAUGAUCUUAUACUUGAUGAGGCAUGUCCAUUCCGGGUUGAUAUCUACACCGAGCACUGCCCAGCAGUGGUCAGAGCCCAACCUCUCCAGCGCGGUGGACCGACGUUACAGAAGAUCGUCGGUCAAUCGGUCAUCCAUGCUGCAGGCUUCACUCGGGUCAAGACCAUUGGACAGGUCAAGCUACAUACGUACAUGGGAGACGGAAGAGUUACAUUCGUCUUAGAGAACACUGGUUCAAAGAGAUGUAGCCUGAAGCUGGACUGUAGUAAGAGUGAGAACUGUCUCGCCAAUCAUGAUGAUAAGAUAAAGACUGUACAGUGCCUUGCUGGAUCUGUGACAAUUGGUUUUCAUCUAGUUCCCAAAGAUGAGAACAAAGAAUGGAUAAUUAACUGCCAGGAGACGUUACUGACCUCAUGAUGACGGUAGCUGAUCAUCCUCUCGACCAGGACACCACAAUGAUAGCUGACCUCUCAUCCUUGCUUAAUGGCCUGUAUUGUGAACUCCAGUAUAAUUUAAACUCUGGUGUAUAGUUGUGGUUUAGCCAAUUGUGACACAAAUUUCUAAAAACACAAGUUUGAUUCAUCAACUCAUAUGACCCUCAAAUCAUUCAUAACUGUUUGGGAAUGUUGACAAGCAAGGAAAAGAAGAAAGUAAUAUUAGAGAACGUACACAUUUACAAUGUAAACAAUAUUUAACAUUUUUCAGCUUACCAUAAUUUCAGCACAGAGUUAGCCACGGUCGUAGUUGAACUCGACUUCAGAAUACAGCCCAAUAGUCUACAUAUAUCUCAAUUUAACUCUCCAAAAAUCAUUGUCUUGUCUUCUAAGGUUGCUUUGAAAGACUUCGUUUGUGCAAAUAGUUAAUAAGGCAAAAUUAAAAUAACGAUAAAUAUUUAACAGGUGGUUCUUGAAACUUUGAAUCAAAAGUGCAGUGAUAACUGGAUUUAAGAGUUGCUUUCAGGGAUAGAUUGUUAGACAAAGUACACUUUCCUCUUUUACCUCAUUUCAUAAAAUAUUAUAUCUAUAUGAUUAUGGGUACUCAUAGUGUCUUAUGGAGCAUUGCAAGGAACUUGCGAUCAAUUGCAAGCCUAUCUUGGGUCUCAAAAUCAGUCAUAUAUCUUGCGAUUAAUUACGAAUUUGCAACUGAUUGCUACUCUGCUUCCUGCAACAAGGUUUGUGUUUUAGGAAAAUCAGUUGUUGAUCUAUCGGUUGUAAUAUUCCAACAAAAAUUUUCAAUUGAUCGCAAAUGGGCAAUUUCAUAAAAUAUGUACGUCCGACCCCCUAUGUAUGGGACCUUCAUGAAAUUUUUCUGUCUCUGAAUUCUUGUUCUAUUGACAUUCGCUAAUGUUCUCAAAGGACCAUGACUUGUUCAGUUUAUGAAGUAGAGUAAGACUGGGGGUUGGACGUACAAAAAGAUUUAUCAUUUUAUGGAAUAGCCCAAAUAUUUUCUUGCAUCAUGAUCCCCUUAGCUUCAAUAUUGAAAUAUUAGAUAAUCACCAUCAGUGGCUGUGAUCAAAUUGAAUUAGCAUGUGAAAAUGUAAGUUUUCUGAAUAUGCUCUGUCAUCAGUGCAUUUGCUUGUCUUCAAAUGAAUUAAUUUUGUAUGAAUUGUUCAAAUUCUCAUAAUGGAACUAUAAUUUGAUUUUAAUGAAUUACUAAAUGUAGGGAGUUUGAUGGUGACCGAAUUGUAAUUUUUAAUUACCUUUUUUAAUUUGUGAAGACCCGUUUUAUUUCACCAUAUUAAAAUUAUUGUCAUGUACCAUUAUUUUAAUUUUUUCUUCAGUAGACACAUGUAUAUUACAGAUAUUUGCAGCCAUAAGAUUGACCUCUGUGUACAUUUCAUUAGAUAGAUUUUUAAAAACUCAUGGCAUAUCACAGUAUGUUUGAAGGAUAUUAAAAAAUUAUUCAUUCAUCAUUCGUUUUGCUUCUUUUCUCUAGAAGAGUUUGAAUAGUGGGAUGUUAUGCUUAAAUCCCUUUUAAAAAGACAUGACAAUAUAAAAAUGAUAUUCUUACAUUUAACUGAGCUUCAAAAUAGAAACGGGAGAAAAAAAAAUUAAUUGAAAUAUUUAUGGAGAAUAUGUUAUACUCCAGAGCUUAACCUUGUUUUAUGUGUGUGAUUGUCUUUGCCAGUAUUCAUUUGUGUAUAACUUUUGUGAUUAUGGUAUGAUUUAUCUAAUAUUAUUGUUUCUCUAAACCUUGAUAAGUUAUAGUUUCUUCAUGUAAUUGAUCACCUUGACCAUACUUUCCAACUACAAAACCAGUGCUCUGUCUGAUAGAGAAUUGUGAUUGAUUCAAUCAAACUUAACUAUGAAUAGCCGGUGACAUUGUCGUCUGAAGUGCAUAUGUCUGUUCAUCAAAUGUUCAUCAGAUAUGAUGAGCAGUUGUGUGUCAUUCUGCCCAAAUUUGGCAAAAGGAAGCAAGUGACACAUCAGUCAAACUUGAGUUAUUGUUGUUUUUGAAACACCCUUUGUAUGUUGCACGUUCAGGCAAAAUUUGGGCAAGAAAUGAUCGUUCUAUGGAAAGAUAUUGAAGAAAAUAUGCUGUUCAAUUGCAUUGACGCCUAUGUAAAUGACAAACACACAUUGCUCAUUUACAACAAAUGAUACUUUUGUAGCUUGCUUCCUUUUGCCAAAGUACGGCAGCAUUGUUUCCACCAAUUAGAUUGCUUUUUGUUUACAAAGAUACAGUACAUAUCCAUGCCUAUUACAACAUGCAAUGGAUGAUAGUUUUUUCAUUUAUAUCACUGUGUGAUAAAAGAGCAUUGCUCAAAGACAUGGGUAUUAAAGGGAUCCUACCCCGAUCUUUCUUUCGGCCCAUUGCAGGAAGAGUUGCGAACACAACUAAAAAAAUCAAGCGCAAGUCAAUAAUACAUACUUUUGAUUGGUUGAAAACCAAGUUGCGAUUGAGUUAUUGAGUUGUGUUUGAUUGCAACUCUUUCAACAGCGAUCCUCUACUAGUACCUUGUUCCACUUAACACAUGAAUCAUGACAUUGAUUGCUUUUCAUAUUUGAGAUUGAUUGGAUCAAUCACAACCAUUUGUUGGAUUAGGCAUUGGUGUAACAAUGUUCCCAAUAUGAUGAGUCUAUAAGAGAAUCAUUCCAGCUCUUACAUUAAAGCUAAAUGACAGUAGUUGCAGUAAAAUACUGAUUUCGUGAGAAAGUCUGUAAAACCAAGGUUAAGUAUUACUGUAUCAUCGUGGAUCUAGAUCUGGUACAGUACAUAAACUGAACUUUGUGAAAUCAUAAUAUCUAAGCUAAAAAACGAUCACACUGAAGAUCGCCAACACAGAUAGGCACACGUGGGACAGUGUAUUAUUAUUGCUGGAAUAAAGACCGACGGAAGUGAC